CAUGAUUAUCAAUACUACGGCGAAUUUUUUUCUCUCUUGCGGUUAAAAGCAAAUCGGCCACCUCGGUCACAAAUCAAUCGACGGCGUGUUUUACCGGCAGCGGCCAAACUAUUCCUCCUCAUCUUCCACUGCCAGAUAAUAAUAGCAUUUGACGACGCCAGAGUGACAACCAAUUUCCCUACUGCUGAUCGAGCUCAUUGACCUCCGCCCUAAUCGCCAUGACCUAUCACAAUGAUGACCCAGAAGCUACCGCAGUCCAAUCCCCCGCCUCGUCCUCGUCACCCUCUCUCCUGACUGGGGAGGAGACCAACUCCGCCAACGUUUUGAACAAAGACCGCACCGAGGAUGCCCCUAUGAGUCAUGGAAAGAUUUUCGACCAGCCUGGAAGCAUUCCUCUGCCGAAUGCAGGGUACCACUCAUUAGGAGUAGUCUGGGAGGAUGUCACUGUGUAUGGCGCGGGGGGCGGGAAGAAGUAUGUAGAGUCUUUUGAGGUGUCCAUAUUCAAGCUGUGGGACGUCUAUUCCUUUGCCAAGAAGCUGUUCCGAAUUACAACUGGUCCAACUCGACCUUUGAUUCGCAAUUUCUCUGGCGUGGCCGAAGAAGGCGAGGUUUUGCUCGUUCUUGGUCGACCGGGUGCAGGGUGUUCUACUUUGAUGCGGGCGCUCGCGAACGUCCAUGAACCAUUUGUUAAGAUUGAAGGUGAUGUGUCGUAUUCAACUAUCCCUGCUCAUGAGGCUAAAGAGUACUAUGAUGGCGAGAUCAUCUUCAACUCUGAAGAAGACGAACACCAGCCUUUGUUAACAGUUGAGGAAACUAUCAAGGCUGCUCUGCUCUUGAAGGAACCUCAUAAGAAAGAAGACAAGGAGAAGCGUUCUGAAUAUCUGGAAAGUUUGUUUGGGCGCAUCUUGGAUACCUUCGGCAUGCCUCAUACGAGGAACACAAAGGUCGGUAACCAGUUCGUUCGUGGUGUCUCGGGAGGUGAAAGGAAACGAGUGUCGCUGGCCGAGGUUCUCACCACAAAUGCCGCUGUCACUUGCUGGGACAACCCUAUUCGUGGUUUGGAUUCUGCUGUUGCUUUACACUUCUACAAGGUCCUGAGGGAGCUUUCAAAGUCAUUGGGAAUGGUCAACAUCAUCUCUACUUACCAAACCGCUCAAGAUGCCUGGGAUUGCGUCGACCGUGUUGUGGUCAUUUACGAAGGCCGACAGAUCUUUUCUGGGCGAGCUAGUAGAGCCCAGGCUUACUUCGAAAACAUGGGUUGGUACAAAAAGCCCCGUCAAACUACACCCGACUUCUUGACCGCUGUCACCUCACCCAAUGAGCGAAAGGUGAGGGAUGGAUUCAAGGGCCAGAUUCCCGAGACCCCCGAGGAAUUUGAGCAAUACUUCCUUGAAAGCCAGGAGUAUAAAGAUCUGCAGCAGGACAUUCAACGGUACAAGGAACGACACGCCCAGUCAAGCAACGCCGACGAGUUCCAAACUGCCGUCAAGAACUCGAAGCACCCUGGUGCCGGCAAGUCUACUUCUUAUCGGGUCAACUUUGCCCAACAAGUCGCCAUCUUGUGUAAACGUCAGUUGCAACUCACUCGAAGUGAUAUGACUAGUCUUGUCUACCGUAUUGGCUCAAACGUUUUGCAAGCCGUGUUGGUCGGCGCUGUUUGCUACAAGCCCCCAAACAAUUCUGCUGGUUCUUUCGCUACUGCUGGUGCACUUUUCUUCUGUAUCCUGUACUACACUAUCUUUGCCCUUGGUGAAGUCCCUGCCACUGUCAACUCCCGUCCGCUCUUGAAGAAACACAGGGCGCUCGGUUUUUACCACCCGGCUGCACACACUUUGGCCCAGAUUGUCUGUGAUAUCCCGGUCUAUGUGUUUCAAACUCUCCUCUUCUCGGCAAUCUUCUAUUUCAUGGUCGGUCUUACCGCUGGAGCCAAGUACUUCUUCACUUUCUGGUUUGUCAUCUUCACCAUGUACGAGGCCAUUUCGGUCAUGUAUCGAAUGAUCGGGUCCUGGACACCUAAUAUGUCCGUUGCAAUUCGUUAUGGCUGUUUGGCACUUUCGGUAGUCUUGACGUCCUCGGGCUUUGUACUUCCUCCUCCUAGACAACUGAGAUGGAUCUCAUGGUUGCGAAGAGCCACCCCUUGUUCUUGGGCGUUCGAGGCUCUCUUGGCCAACGAGUUCCGAGCUAGGAUUUUGACUUGUAGCUCAACCGAUCUGAUUCCCAGCGGUCCUGGAUACGACGAUAUCCGAUACCAGGUGUGCUCAAUCAACGGUGCUCAGCCCGGUUCCCUCAAUGUUGCUGGUAUGGACUAUGUCAACUUUGUCUACGGUUUCCAGGUUAGCCAUAUUUGGAGAAAUGUCGGCAUUUUGUGGGCUUACUUCGUUGUCUACGUUAUCAUGAUUGUCAUCGGUUCAUCUCUCCUUAUCCGAGAAAGCCCCGACUCAUCUCAAAAAGUGUAUAAGCGAGGCGGAAAGGCUGCCAUUAUGGACCCUAAAGAGAAGGCCGAAGAAGGAAAGACCGCUAUGGAGAAGGUCCAGGGACCCAAGGGCUCGGGAGGCGAAGUCCCAGUGUACACCUUCGAGGAUGUUUACUACACUGUGCAAGUUGCAGGCAAGGAUAAACCACUUCUUAACGGUAUCAGCGGGUACGUCAAAGGCGGCUCUUUAACUGCACUUAUGGGUGCAUCAGGUGCAGGCAAAACCACACUCUUGGAUGCUAUCUCCCUCCGUAAGACGACAGGUAAAAUGGAAGGCAAGAUGACUAUCGAUGGCAAGCCUCUGGACACAUCCUUCUCCCGUCAAACCGGUUUCGCCAUGCAAGCCGAUAUCCACGAACCUAUGUCCACCGUCCGUGAAUGCCUUCAAUUCUCCGCCUUGCUUCGACAAAGCAACGACCGUACCCGAGAGGAACGAUUGGAAUUUGCCGAAAAUAUUAUCAAAUUACUGGAGUUGGAAGACAUUGCCGAUGCUUUGAUUGGGGCACCUGGUGAAGAUGGUCUGGGUGUGGAGGAGCGCAAGCGUGUUACCAUUGGUGUUGAGCUUGCUGCCGACCCUGAAUUCCUUCUGUUCUUGGAUGAACCCACCUCCGGCCUUGACUCUCAAGCUUCUUAUGAAAUAGUGCGAUUCCUCAAGCGCAUUGCCGCGUCCGGUCUCGCUGUUCUUUGUACCAUUCAUCAGCCUUCCGGUGACCUUUUUGAGAUGUUUGACUCUGUAGUUCUUCUUGCGCCCGGUGGUCAUACUGUCUACGUUGGAGAGACUGGCGAGAAUGCCGAGACUGUUGUCAAGUACUUCGGAGACCGUGGCGCCUACUGCCCUCCUGAGGCCAACCCUGCAGAGUUCAUCUUGGGAACUGUUGCUCCAGUCGGCGGUACAGAUACAGAUUGGCCUACACUCUGGAAGCAAAGCGAUGAAGCUACCGAAGUUCGACGGAGGAUUAACGAGUAUACUUUACGCAACAACUCCGGCAACAUGGACUCAGAAAAGCCCGUUAUCGAGGUACAACCGAAGAGUGGUAGCGAUGCUUAUGCGUCUUCAUUCAUGACCAUGACAAGGGAACUUGUUAUCAGGAAUUUCCGGGCUCAAUGGCGAGAUGGCUCAUUCUGGACUACUCAAACCGUCAUCUUAAUCUACUUCGGUCUUUAUGUUGGCUUCUUCUAUUAUAAGCUCGAUCACACCCCCAACAAUAUGACCCCCGCGACCUUAUCCCUCUUGGUUGCAGUUCAGGCCCUCCCCGGUAUUGCCAUGGACAUCGGUAUGAACUAUCUGGCCAAGAUGGAUAUGUUCCUCGCAAGAGAGAGAUUGGGUAUCUAUUCCUGGCAGGCCCUUGUCACCUCACUCCUCAUUGUAUCCUUGCCAGUUCUCUUCGUCGGCUGGAAUUUGCUUUUCUUUUGUUUCUAUUGGACAGUCGGCUUGAUUGGUACCCGUGUGGACGGGGUCCUGGCGUGGUUGUGCUUCAUGACCUGUUCUGUCUUGAACGCCGGGUUUGGUGUCUUGCUUGGUGCCGUGUCACCUAACAGGUUGUCCCUGCCUUACAUCUUGUCUUUGGUAUGGAAUUUGCUCAACGUUUUGUCUUGGGCUCUGGUAUUCUACUCUGGCCUUCCUUCGCCAUUCCAUUACUUCUUCAGUUGGCUGUCCCCCCUCCGAUACCUUUACAGUGCUCUCAUGACUGCUGCUUUGGGAAAUCUCAAGCUCGAAUGCAUCGAAGAAGACCUUAUCACCUUCUACCCACCUUCUGGCCAGACCUGUUACGAGUAUGCCGCCAACUACCUCGCAACCACUUCCGGUUAUCUUGUCGAUGACAACUCUACCACCAGCUGCCAGUAUUGUGCCAGCAGCACCGGUUACGAUUAUGUUCAGCAGAUGGGUUACUCUCAUGGUACCAAGUGGCGAGACUGGGCCAUCACCAUUAUCUGGUGUUUUUCCAACAUAUUUUUCUGCUUCCUUUUCACUUGGGCGGUGAAGAUUAGACCGUUGUACAAGAAAAAUUAGAAGGUCGUCUUCGGAUGAUCAUAUUUCGUUUGAGAGGAUCGAGGAUUGAUCCGUGAGGUUUUCCGUUUUACACCUGGAAUCAUUGCAUUUCUCUAUCCUCUUUUUAGAACUCAUAAUUAUAAAAUAAUGACUAUAACCCCAAUAUCUAGGACACUAGAAUUCCACAAAUGCCUUCAUAUUUUAAUCACAACGUAGAUUAUAGACAUGCAGUGAUGUA